GUUUGGACGAGACUGUUUCCUCCACGUCGUCGUCACUUUCAAGUAAAGCAGUUUGUUAGUCGUCACUCGUUCAACAUGGCUGGCCCGAAGUCAUCCUCAAAACCCUCGCCUGCGUCGUCAGAAACCUAUGUGGCAGUUUCAACGUUGUGGACAUCAUAUCUUGAUCAGACCCCCGACCGCCUCAAGUUCAUUGACGCAUUCUUGGCGUUCACUGUGCUUAGCGGGGUGCUGCAGUUCGUGUAUUGCGUACUUGUCACGAACUUUCCCUUCAAUGCAUUCCUUGCCGGGUUUGCAAGCUCAGUAGGCCAGUUCGUUCUGACCGCAUCCCUCCGCGCACAAGUCAAUCCCGAAAACAGAUCUGAAUUCAAGGAAGUCUCGCCUGAAAGGGCAUUUGCAGACUUUGCCCUUGGCUCCAUUGUGCUGCACUUCUUCGUAUUUAACUUCCUCGGAUGAACGUGUAUAAUAUUAAGUGGAACUGGUCGCGCAAGCACACAAUUCUACUGCAACCUGCUCAUUAAGCUUAAGGCUGUAAGCAAAUUAUGUGUCAUCGGAAUAAAAUAUUGCAAAGCUGUGAGUGCGGUCCGUUAUCACGAAUUGGCAGAAGGAACACAAAUGGGAAUUGGGAAACUUAAUGCCUCCUCUCGAAAGAACUGGAGCGCUGUUAUACGUGGUUGUCAGUGACGUGCAGUGUGAGAUAUGAUGAUAGAAUGUCCAUCACGUACUCCGAAUACAACGACUGCAAAGUCGAAUACGUAUUCACCUAAAACCCAUGAGCAAAUGAAAUAGUUGAAAGGGUGGGACAGUUUACAGACCGACUUCAAGAUACGACCGCA